AACUCUUGAACCAAUCCAAGAUCAAACUCAACUUGACACCACAACAGCUGUUCCUUCCCUCCUUUCAGUCAGUCCUCGUGCUGUCACCCUCCAGUCACCACUCACGCAGCCGCAAACCACUCACCAUGCCGGAAAUCAGCCCCAUGGACCCUAACUCGUACUCCAGACCAGACCAGGUGGUGGUGAGGGAGCUCCACCUGGACUGGCAGGUGGACUUUACACGGCAGGUGGUGGCGGGGUUUGUGCUGCUGACGGUGGAGUGCGUGCAGGAGGGACAAGACCUGAUCCUGGACACUCGUGACCUGGUCAUCAAGAGUGUGCAAGACUCCGUUUCCAGCCAUGACCUCACCCAUACCCUGGGGGAGGCACACCCUAACUUUGGCGCACCCCUCUCUGUCACCCUACCUGAGCCAGGGAAGAAAACGUGGAAGAUCAAGGUGGAGUACGAGACCUCACCCACAUGCUCCGCCCUCCAGUGGCUCUCCCCAGAACAGACAGCAGGCAAGCGGCACCCCUAUGUGUUCUCUCAGUGCCAGGCCAUUCACUGCCGCUCCCUUGUGCCGUGCCAGGAUACCCCAGCUGUGAAGGUGAAGUACAGUGCCGAUGUCAGGGCACCACAGGGCCUUACCGUGCUGAUGAGUGCAUUAAGGGAGGGCCAGGAGCAGGGAGAAGGUCAUACUGUCUUCAAGUUCCGCCAGCCAGUGCCCAUCCCAGCCUACCUGCUGGCCUUGGCCGUGGGGGCUGAGAGCCGGGAGGUGGGGCCGCGCUCACACGUCUGGUCCGAGAGGGAGUUUGUGGACCAGGCUGCUCAUGAGUUUGCUGAGACGGAGGUGAUGCUGAAGGCUGCGGAGGACGUGUGUGGGCCGUAUGUGUGGGGACAGUACGACCUGCUCAUUCUGCCGCCCAGCUUCCCCUACGGAGGCAUGGAGAACCCCUGCCUCACUUUUGUCACCCCUACGCUGCUGGCAGGCGACCGGUCCUUAGCAGAUGUGGUGAUCCACGAGAUUAGCCACUCCUGGACAGGCAACCUGGUCACCAACAGCCAGUGGGAACACUUCUGGCUCAACGAAGGCUUCACCAUGUUUGUGGAGCGCAAGAUUAUCAGCAGACUCAGCGGCGAAGAGGCACGCCACUUCUCGGCCAGGGGCUGGAAGGACCUGGCGGACUGUAUACGCACCAGAGGGGAGACAGACCCCCUUACCCAGCUAGUGCCAGACCUGAAUGGUGUUGACCCAGAUGAUGCCUUCUCCACAGUGCCAUACGAGAAGGGCCACACUCUCCUCUGGCACCUGGAGACACUGCUAGGGGACCAGGUGAGUUUUGAGCCGUUCCUGAAGGCGUACCUGGACAAGUUCAAGUAUUCGUCCCUCAAGUCAGGCCAGUUUGUGGAGUUCCUGCAGGAGUACUUCAAGGAGGAGGCCGAGGUGCUGAAGAAGGUGGACUGGCAGGCCUGGUGGACCACUCCUGGCAUGCCCAUUGUUACCCCCAAGUUCAGCGACACCCUGGCUGUCCCCUGCACUGCGCUGGCUCGUCGCUGGGUGGAGUGGGACCCCAUCACUACCCCUAAGUGCCCCUUCAAUAAGGACGACCUCCACUCCUUGUCCCCCAUACAGGUGCGAGCGUUCCUGGCACAGCUGCUGGAGGAGGCGCCCCUGAGCAGCGAGAAGGUGUGCCACAUGGAGGAGGCAUAUGGCAUGUCCAAGCGCCUCAACUCAGAGAUCAGGUUCCGCUGGCUGCGUCUGUGUCUCAGGGCCAAGUGGGAGGAGUGUGUGGAGGCCGCCCUGCAGUUCGUCACAGAGCAGGGACGCAUGAAGUUUGUGCGCCCCAUCUACAGGGACCUGUAUGCCUGGGAGGAGAUGCCCCGUGCUGUGGCCACCUUUGAGAAGAACAGGCAGGCCAUGAUGCAUGUGGCCGCUUAUGUUGUGGCCAAGGAUCUCCACCUUAGGGAGUGAUGGUGGUAGUGGUGGUGGUGGUGGUUGUGAUGGUGACUUACAACUUUAGAAAUUAUAUACUUGUUUUGGUUUAUUUGUUUUUUUCUUCUAUUUUUUUGUCUUCUCUAAAGUUACUCCUUGUUUGAAAAUUGUUUGUUUAUUCUACUUUCUUUUUUUUCAUGUUCUUACUCUUUUCACUCUUUUUUAUUCCACAAUUGCCUUUUUUUUUUUUAAUUACUCCCUCUGAAUUUACUCAUCUUAGAAAUUGUUCAUUUAUUCCACUUUCUUUUCUUUUCUAUUGAUACUCAUUCUUACUUCACAUUUGCCUCUGUUUUAUUCUUACUCCUCCUCUUACUCUAUCCAUGCUCUUGUUCACUUCAAGAUCACUUCAUUACUCCUAUUCUCUACUUGCUUUUUUCUCUCAUCUUAUUCCUAUUCCUCCAUUUACUUCAAGCAUGCUCCAAAAUCACUUACUUACUACUUAUUCUUCUCUCCUCUCUCAUUUGUCAUACUUUUCUACUCUUUCCUUAUUCUUGUUCUCUUCUCUCACUUAUACUUCUCUACUUCUUCCUUGUUUUUUUCUUUCUUCACUCCUCAUAAUUUUCUACUCCUUCCUUACACUUCUCUCUUCUCUCUCUUAUCAUACUCCUCCACUCCUCCUCAUCACUCACUUUUCAUUCUUCUACUUCUCUUCUUCCUAUUCCCUGUUCCCAUCUUGGUAUAGUUCCACAGCCUACUCAGAGCCUAUUCCUGUGUUCUUAAGGCAAAUUUGUGACCUAUUUUAAUCUGUCAUUGUCCUGUUGCCCUAUUUUAAUUUUUUACCAUCUUUAAACUUUGAAUUGUUAUUGACAAGAGACAGACAGCCAUAUAUGCAUCCAGCCCUGACUUGCCUCAUAACAGACAGACAGACAGACAGGAGUGCUUUGUAUAAACAGGGCAGGAUGUAUGCUAAGUAUACACACUGCUUGUAUGGGUAUUAUGUAUUGGUUAAUGUAUUUUGUUGGGUAUUUUUAUAUCAUUUGUGGGAUUUUUUUGUAUAUGUAUGUGGAGAGAAAAAGAGAGAGAGAAAGAGAGAGAGAGAUUGUUUUUUGCCAUUAAUCUGUAUGCACAUGUAAUAAUUUUUAAGGCUAAUUGAAUGGAAUGCUCACUUAUGAAUAAUGUCUUGGGGAAAAUAUUAUUACUACAUUGUUUUA